AUGGCUAGUCAGAGAAAGUCGCACGUCUUCCGGGUUACAGGCCUGUCGAGGGAACUGCCUGAUGAGGAUCUCAAGACCGCAUUGCAGGAGGCACUUAAUGACAACUUCACCGACGACGAGAGCUCGCAUAUCAAGGCUGAGAUCACCGUCGUGCCUUCAUGCUAUGAAAGUGACACAGAGAGGGUGGCGCUGGUGCAGUUCCGCGGUGGGAUGCCUUGGUUCCUUCAUGAGCUGAGAGUCGACCCUCUUAGAGACUGGCAGGUCGAGAUGGAGGACAAUGACGUCAACUUUGACUGCCACUUCUUUGGAUUUACCCAGCUCUACGCGCCGGAGGAAACUGAGCCAGUGGUUGCAGACAUCAUUGCCAUUGCCGGACUGGAUGGACAUGCGUACGGAUCGUGGCAAGGAAGAGGAAAUCUUGGUCGAAUGUGGCUCCGUGACUUCCUAUCGAAGGAUCUUCCGCAGUGCCGCACAAUGAUCUACGGAUACAACUCCAAGCUGUCGAGCCACGGAGUCGAUACGAUGCUUGACUACGGGCGGGAGCUGAUGGAGGAGAUCAAGAAAAUUCGGAACACGAAGGAGAGGCCUCUGAUAUUCAUCGCGCACAGCUUUGGAGGCAUUAUCUUGGCUCACUGCCUGGUGAGGGCCAUCCAAACGAUGGAGGAAGACCAUCCGGCCAUAACGUCGCUGCAUCGAGCCACGUACGGCAUGAUCCUCUUCGCCAUCCCACAUAAAGGAUUAGUGAUGGAUGAUAUCCAGCAGAUGAUUGCUGGGGAUCAGAGCCACCCGCGAGAGCAGUUGCUGCAACAGAUCUCUAGUAAAUCGGACCUACUGACCCACCAGCUGGCCGACUUUAAAAAUCUGAUACGGGACCGUAAAGUAGUCAGCUUCUAUGAGACGGAGCAGACGAGGCGGUUGGUAUUAGACUCAGAAAGCGGACGAUGGAAACGCACCGGGGAUUUUAUCACGACGGUUAGCGCAGAUUCGGCUCUUCUCCACCUUCCCGACCAUGUAGAGGACAAGGUGCCGCUACAUGCAGAUCACUCGAUGGUGGUCAAAUUCGACACGCGCAACGCGGCCGGGUAUCGAACGGCGCUCGAUAGACUGCGGCAGUUCUCAAAAGACGCGCCAUCGGUGGUGGCGGCUCGGUUUGCGCAGACGCGUCAGAAGCCCCGGCCAUGCUCCACGGUGCCUUUUAAAAAGGACCCGAUGUUUGUGGGCCGGGAAGCUGUCAUUAGUGCGAUCAAGGAAGGACACGAGGGGAUCGGCCAGCGUCAUAAGCGGGUGGCAUUAGAGGGUUUGGCCGGCGUUGGAAAAACUCAGACAGCCAUCGAGUAUUCUUAUCACGUGCGAGAAUCCAUACCGAACACGUGGGUUUUUUGGAUCCAUGCCAGUAAUACGGCGCGGUUGGAACAGGGCUACCAGCAGAUUGCCGCAGUCGCGGAGAUUCCGGGACGGGACGAUCCGAAGAUGAACAUCUUCCAGCUCGUGUAUCAGUGGUUGUGUGAUCCACGCAAUGGGUGCUGGCUGAUGGUGUUAGAUAAUGCGGAUGAUGAUGGUAUUUUUUUCAGUGGCAAUAUAUCCGAUGAACAAGGGCCACUGGUGAGCUUCCUGCCCCAGGCCGCCCAUGGAUCAAUCCUGAUCACAUCGCGAAAUGGUCUUGCGGCACGGAAUCUGGUAGGGAGUGGUAGUCAUGUGAUCACGGUUCAGCCAAUGAAUGAGGACGAGUCCCUCGCCUUGUUGCGGGUAAGGGUUCCGGGCCCCCAAUCGGGAGAGUCUGGAGAGGAUGAGAAGGCGCUGGUCCAGGCACUUGAAUAUAUUCCACUGGCAAUCACUCAGGCAGGGUCCUAUAUUGCCAAUCGAUUAUCUCGGGUCACGGUUUCGCGCUACCUUCAGUUGUUCCGUGAGAGUGAGUCGAACCAGACACAUCUUCUUCAGCAUGCAGACGCCAAAGACCUCCGGCGGGACCCCAGUAUUCGGCAUGCGAUCAUUACUACAUGGCAACUGUCUUUCGAGCAAAUCCGCCAUGACCAGCCGGCGGCGACAGAUCUACUGGCGUUAAUGAGCAUGUUCGAUCGGCAGGGGAUCCCCGAAGGCCUCGUCCGAGCUGAUGGUGAUGGGCUCCAGUUUGAAGACGCAGUGGCGCCAUUGAUCAGUUAUUCGCUUGUUCGGGUUGCACUUGAAACAGCGUCAUUUGAUAUGCACCGACUAGUACAGUUAUCGGUCCGGACAUGGCUAGAGAUCCACCUAGAGCUAGCACAGUGGCAAGAGAAGUCGCGAGCCAUCAUGGCACAGGUGUUUCCGGAUGGACGGUACGAGAGCUGGACUAAAUGUCAAAGGCUGCUUCCGCAUGCGAAAGAAGUGAUGAAGUCGAUAUCUGAUGAGUAUGAAGAUCGACUGCAUGUGGCCACGAUUUCCUCCAACUGCGGAUGGUAUUUACUGCUUCGAGGAACAUAUAAAGAGGCGGAAGCGAUGCAGCGGUGGGCGUUGGACGCACGAGAGAAGGUGCUUGGACACGAGUAUCCUGACACGCUCACCUGUGUCAGUAACCUUGGCUAUGUGCUCUAUAGGCAAGGGAAAUAUGAAGACGCGGAAGCGAUGCAGCGACGGGCUUUAGAAGCACGAGAGAAGGUGCUUGGACGCGAGCAUCCUCACACGCUCACCAGUGUUAAUAACCUUGGCGAAGUGCUUGACAACCAAGGGAAAUAUAAAGAGGCGGAAGCGAUGCAUCGACGAGCGUUGGUAGCACGAGAGAAGGUGCUUGGAUGGGAGCAUCCCUCCACGCUCACUAGUAUCAACAACCUUGGCUUAGUGUUUGACAACCAAGGCAAAUGCGAAGAUGCGGAAUCGAUGCAUCGACGGGCUAUGGAAGCACGAGAGAAUGUGCUUAGACGCGAGCAUCCCUCCACGCUCACCAGUGUCAGUACACUUGGCUCAGUGCUUGGCAACCAAGGGGAAUAUAAAGAGGCGGAAGCGAUGCCUCAACGGACACUAGAAGGAUAUGAGGGGGGCUUGGAGGUCAACAUCCCGAACCAGUGA